AUGGCUACUUUUAGAGGUCGGGAAGUGUUACGCGCGAAGUAUGAUUCUCCUAUAGCCAAGAAAUUAAGGAGAAGACAUCCGUAUCAGGUGGCAAGGAAAGAAGCAUGUCAAGUUUAUGAUAAAAUUUUUGGUCUUAUUUAUGGACAUUGUGUUGGUGAUGCUGUUGGAUUAUUAACAGAAAAUAUGUCUAAAGAACAGGCUAAAAAAACAUAUGGUUCUGUAGCUUCGAAACUGGAACUGGUUCACAAGAAAUUGAUUGAUGAUGCUCAUAGAAGGAAAUGGAAAGUGAAUGAUUGGACCGAAGAAAGUGAUCACAUGAUAAUACUUAUUCAAUCAUUGGUUCAAAAUUGUGGAGAUAUUGUUCCAGAUGAUAUAGCUAAAAGAUUAAUGGACUGGUCUGAACAUGGGUUCCUAGAGUUAGGAGAUGAUAUUGGUUAUGGUUUGUGUCAUGUGAAUAAAAAUGUUAUUAAUCAUCCACAGUUCUCAGAAGAACCUUUAAAGGCAGCAGAAAUUAUAUGGAGGAAAUCUGAACAUACAUGUGUUACUAAUAGUGCUCUAACUAGAUGUUGUGUAAUGGGAAUACAUCAUUAUAAUGCCUUGGGAAAAGUUAUCAAAUAUACCAUGGAAACAUGCUCUAUAACACAUGCCCAUCCCAAAUGUAUAGCAUCAUGUGUUGCCGUGACAACAACAAUUGCAGUAUUAUUACAGAAUGAUGAGAAAUAUCAAACUAAGAAAGGAGAAUUAGAUAUUGACAGUAUUAUAGAAAAUUCUUAUCAAUAUGCCUCCAGGUGUAUGACUAAUUGUUCAUAUCAAGAGAUUAAAGAAUUACGACAAUAUAUGAAAGCUACAUCCUUGAAAGAAUUAAAGCUUACAGAAGCAGGCUUAGCCAAUCACACAUAUAAAGCUAUGGGAGCUGGAUUUUGGGCCUUGAAACAGAGGAACUUUCGUCAAGCAAUAACUGAUAUUGUAAUGGAGGGUGGUGAUGCUGAUGCCAAUGCAUGUGUAGCAGGUGCUAUGUUAGGGUGUAAAUUAGGGGUGAAAGAGAAUCCACAAUCUUGGAUUACAGCUUUAGAACAUAGAUUAUGGUUAGAUCAAAUAAUAGAUAGAUUUCAAUGGUUUCAAUCAUUAUCAAGCAAUGAUAUAAAUGAUAAAUCAUUAAAUGCCACUCAAAAGUCACUUGUUCAAAAGUCAAUUGUGUAUGAGAGGAAAAAAGCAUUAAGAGCUCAUUUGUAA